AUGUCCUCAAAACGAAAUCCUACACAGCGAACCCCAUCGCCACAGGCUGAUCAUGUUCUCCACCCACGCAAUUCCCCUCUCGACUGUUUGGCCCGCAAUGCGUCGCUCGGAGCCCGCCCUGGUUCGUCGCCGCCGAAGGCGGUCAUCGAGUCGUCCUUCCCUCGCCCCAACUCCUCCAGCGAUAGUCAUGAAACUGAGCAAAGCGAUCCUCGGGGUUGGUUUGACCGCUUAAACUUGAACCCAACGGCUACCUUCAACAGCAAUAUUACAAGCAUUAGUCCACCCUACUUCAUGAAAGAAUCUGAUCCUCCGAGUUCCGAGAAAACAUACUCCCAUAUUGAAUACCAACUCGUCCCUCCGAUGAUUCUCACCGCGCAUAGCAGUAGCGCUAGUGACUACCGCAGCGUGAUUGACGACCUGACGUUUGAAAUCCAACAACUUAGGGAGGAACUGAAGCACUACAAGCAAACAGGCCCCGACAUACUUCACAAGGACAGGUUGUUCGAGAUCAGGCUUCAUGAGCUACCCAUAGAGAAUAAAAGAGGACUUGAGGGUAUUCUGAGAGACUUCGCCACCAAUCUUGAUGGGUCCCCAGACGAGUCAUCGUUACGCAGGAGGAAGACGCCCCCUUUCUAUAACCCUAAUUACUCCGUGUCCAGAAUUAUGCUCAAGUAUGCCACUUCCUCUCCAGGAUCCAACCUCCCAUCAGCCGACUCCGCCUACGCCUCCAUGUCCACCUACGCCAAGUCCUCGAGCCUUCUCGACAUGAGCCCAACCAAAUCAUCGAACCGAAAGAUAGAGAAGCGUUUGAAACAAACUCCCGAUGGCCUGUACCCGUUGUCUUCUGACGAGUGUAAAACCCGAUGGCGAGGUGGACCCGAAGGUACCAAGUCCAGUAGCGAGAGCUCUAGCCGCGACGGGCAACAAAGUCCUACUGCCGAUGAAAACGACAGUUCGAACAAACGCAGACGGAAAAAGACUAGCCGUAGAGUGUGUGAUGAGCUCCACUCUGGCAGCUCAAGUUUGGAUACACAUAAGUUUGAUCCGCAGCUAGACGAUCCAUCCGAGAGCUUCCACUAUAUGGCGCUGCCCGUUAAGCAGGAUUCAUCCGGCGGGCACACUUCAUUAGACGGAGCGAGCCCUUCUUCUGUAUCAGUCAAAGGUUGCAAUCUCGGCCAGUGGGGAGGAGGCUUGAGUGGCUCCGAGGAGUCGUCUCGCAAAACUCAACCCCAUGAAGGUGCUAUCAUAUACUAUAGUGGCGCACCUUUCUGCAUCGAUUUGUCGCGUGAACCGAGUGACGUACCUACCACUCACGCGCUCUCGAGUAGUCGAAACCAAACCGGUUCCCAGCAAUUACCAGACUCCACUCGGUCUCCUCGACGAACGACAUCUGGAUCGUUUAUCAACUAUAGGCCGUUGACUGAUCGAGGCCAGGUCCUGCGUCAGCAGAGUUCGGUCACUGAAGUUGAUAUUAAUGAAUCUCCUGUUCUGAUAAAUGAUGACAGCGAACAAAUAAGCGAUAUCGAGCUGGAUUUGACUUGGACCGACAAUCAGCAGUGCGUAGAACACCGGGUCUUGGAGGCCUGUGGACUUGGCGGCGUUUUCCCCGAGGACCAUUUUGUGGUGUCUGUCACUACUAAGCGGCCCAAGCAAGAUAUCCAUCAAUUAACUUAUAAAGCUCAACUCAGAAGAUUGAACGAAAACAGGGAAGGCGCCAUUCAUCGACUGGCGACGAUGCCACGUCCUCUCGACCUUAGCGUUUUAAAUACAAAACCAAGCAAAGAAUUGAUGCUAAAGGUUGAGUAUCUGUCAGGGCGCAUCAAGAACCUAGCCCCAGUCUCACUGCCACCAGCCGUUCUCUUUCCGCCAUUGAGCACCGAUAACUCCACGUCCAGCGUAGGCGAUGAGAUAUCUAGUGGCAUCGUUGUUAGCAGCGCCAUGCACGCGCAUCUGUCAAACAUAAGGUGA